AUGGCAUCAGAACUGGCAAUGAGCAGCUCCGACCUGCCCACCAGUCCCCUGGCCAUGGAAUAUGUUAAUGACUUCGAUCUGAUGAAGUUUGAAGUGAAAAAGGAGCCGGUGGAGACCGAUCGCAUUAUCAGCCAGUGUGGCCGCUUGAUCGCCGGGGGAUCGCUCUCUUCCACCCCGAUGAGCACGCCCUGCAGCUCGGUGCCCCCGUCCCCCAGCUUCUCGGCGCCCAGCCCCGGCUCCGGCACCGACCAGAAGACCCACCUGGAAGACUACUACUGGAUGACGGGCUACCCGCAGCAGCUCAACCCGGAGGCGCUGGGCUUCAGCCCCGAGGACGCGGUGGAGGCGCUGAUCAACAGCAGCCACCACCCGCUGCCCGGCGCCUUCGAUGGCUAUGCUAGAGGGCAGCAGCUGGCCGCGGCCGCCGGCGCCGGCGGCUCCGUGCCGGCCGAGGAGAUGGGCUCGGCGGCCGCCGUGGUGUCGGCGGUGAUCGCCGCGGCGGCGGCGCAGGGCGGCGCGCCCCACUACCACCACCACCACCACCACCCGCACCACGGCGGCGGCGGCAGCGGCGGGCACCCCCACGCCGCGGCGCCGGGCAGCGCGCCGCCCUCCUCCGCCUCCUCGGCCGCCGGCUCCGGCGGUGGCGGCGGUGGCGGCGGCGGCGGCGCCGGGGGGCUGCACCACCCGCACCACGGCGGCGGCGGCGGCGGCGGCGGCCUCCACUUCGACGACCGCUUCUCCGACGAGCAGCUGGUGACCAUGUCGGUGCGGGAACUGAACCGGCAGCUGCGGGGCGUCAGCAAGGAAGAGGUGAUCCGGCUGAAGCAGAAGAGGAGGACCCUCAAAAACAGGGGCUAUGCCCAGUCCUGCCGCUUCAAGAGGGUCCAGCAGCGGCACGUCCUGGAGUCGGAGAAGAACCAGCUGCUGCAGCAAGUGGAGCAUCUAAAGCAAGAGAUCUCCAGGCUGGUCCGGGAGAGGGACGCCUACAAGGAAAAAUACGAGAAGCUGGUCAGCAAUGGCUUCAGAGAAAACGGAUCCAGCAGCGACAACCCUUCCUCUCCAGAGUUUUUCAUGUGA